AUGUCCACCUCCCGCCGCCGCCACCACCAGCCGCCGCCAGCGGGGCGCGCCGUAUGGGUGCCUCGUGACGCCCAGCCCGCCACCGUACCCGGCCUCGGCGGCGCCCCGCAGCAGCGCCCUGCUCCCCCAAACCCCGUGGCGCCUCGUCCGCAGGCCGUGGGGCGCGCUAUAUGGGUGCCUCGUGCCGCGCCGCCAUCCACCGUACGCGACCUUGGCGGCGCCCAGCAGCAGCGCCCCGCUCCUCCGAAUCCCGCGGUGCCCCAUCGGGAGGCGCCCGGGCGAGCGGUAUGGGUGCCUCGCGACGCGCCGCCCGCCACCCUCCGCGACAUUGGCCUCACCCAGCGGCAGCCCCUCGCUCCCCCGAACCCUACUCCCACCGAGCCCCGGCCCCACCCCGCAGUGCCUCGUGACGGCGGGGCCCCGCCGCAGCCCCUCGCUCCCCCAAACCCCGCAGUGCCUCGUGACGGCGGCGCGCCGCGACUGCCCCUCGCUCCUCCCAACCCUAGCCCCUCCGAGACGCAGCCCCAUCCCGCCGUGCUGCCCGCUUCCUCCUCCACGUCCCACCGCCGCCACGGCCGCAACGAGGAGGCGAGGGACCCAGCGGCGCCGCCACCGGACGCGGCCCGCGACGGCGAGGCGAGGGACUGGGCGGCGCUGCCGCUGGACGCCAUCUCCUGCGUGCUGCGGAAGCUCGACCACAUCGAGAUCCUCAUGGGGCCCGGGCAGGCGUGCCACUCCUGGCGCUGCGCCGCGCGCGACCACCCCGCGCUCUGGCGCCGCAUCGACAUGCGCGGCCACCCCGACCUCGACCGCCAGGUCAACCUCUACAAGAUGGCGCAGGACGCCAUACGACGCGCGCAGGGCCAGUGCGAGGCGUUCUGGGCCGAGUACGCUGCCGACGACGACGUGCUCCACCUCCUCGGUGACCAGGCACCAUCUCUGAAGAGUCUCAGCCUCAUUGCUUGUCAGGAUAUCAUGGAAUUCGAAGAGGAGAUAAAGAAGUUCCCUCUACUUGAGGAGCUUGAGAUUUCACUCUUCACAAAUAUUGGUGGGAAGCAAGUGUUUGAGGAGAUUGGCAAAGCAUGCCCAGAGCUGAAGCACUUGAAAUUCAACGCGUACCGAUUCUGCAAUCUCAGCGAUGACACAGACACUGAGGAUGAUGAUAAUGAGUUCAGGUAUAACAGGGAUGAUGAUGCUCUGGGGAUUGCAUCCAUGCAUGGGUUGCGCUCCCUGCAGCUCUUUGGCCAAAACUUCACCAACAAGGGGCUGACAGCCAUCCUUGACAACUGCCCCCACCUGGAGUCCCUCGACAUCCGCCACUGCUUCAACAUCUCCAUGGAUGGUGCCCUGCGGAGAAAAUGCCGUAACAUUAAGACACUCAAGCUCCCCAAUGAUCCAAUGGAUGGCUAUAAUCUUUGCUUUGAGGGCCCUCUCUGGUCAUUUGGCGUCGAGUCCGACAGUGAUGAUUAUGCCUAUGCGCCUGACUACAUCCUGGACUCAGAUGAAUACGACGACUACUGUGAUCCUUUCCGUUACCUUGACGGUGUCUAUGAAUCCGAGCUCAAUCCAGAAGACCGUAUGUUCCUCAAGGGUAUGCGCAUGUUGAUGAAAGAUUCUGAUGACGAUGAUUACUGACAUAAAGUUCUUCCUGGGCUGGCACAUGUCCCUGAAGCAAAUGUGGUCUGGCUACUGGUGAUGCUAGGAUCUUCUGGUGCUCGGAUCUCACAUUUGGCGGGAAGGUUAUUACCUCUUUCAUCGUAGAUCAUGUCUCGUACUUUGCCUUAUGUUCUUUUCGUGUGUUUAUCGAGUAAUUCUGUGAACCAGUUAGCAGUAGAAAGCAUGUGAGCAAUCCCGUGUGGCAGGGUUCUCUACAACUGGAAUAAGUAUUUAGGGAUUCAGCAAGUUUGAGAAUAUGGUUCAUCAUUGUGACAGGAGCUCUACGGUUUGGGCGCUUCAGUGCUUGUUUGAUGUACCGAAUGUUUCAGUGGAAAACUUCUUUAGAAGUACUGUUAUUU